CGCGACUGCCACGAAACACGAAAUAACACUAGCUUUAAGAUCGAAAGCGAAACGAGGAAUAGUUUAAUAGAUUUUAGAUUCGAAGUCUACGAAUUUAACUUUAUGAAAACCUCUCAAGUCAGAACAUAAAAUAAAAUGAAUACCAUUGUGACACAGAUUGAAUCUUUACAAAAAGAAUUGGAGAAGCAUGAAAGCCGACUAGAGUCCAUAGAGAGACUAGGGAGGCUGACAAACAUGACUGAUGAGGAGAUGAACAGGCUGAUAGAAGAGAAAAAAUGCCUGGAGAAAAAGAUUGUAGAGAACAAAAAACAACUCAAAAGUUUGCGCUGGGAAAAUUGGAAAAGUAUGAUAGUUUCUGUUAUUUUACUAGGUGUGGUGUACCUAGGUUAUACUUUUUAUUCUGGUCAAUUUAAUGCACAGACAGAUGAAUUACAAUCCAGGUGACCUUGUAUUUUUAUAGAAAUAAAAAUUUAAA